AUUACUCCUCGCAACAAAUUUAUCAAGGAGUCAAGGCUACUUUGGUCUCUGACUAUAACUUGCCACUGUGGUGCAUGUCAUUAUCAAGAUGUCCACUGAUUUCAACAUCAACGGCAGAAUAAUAUCAGCAACCGAGCAACGUUAUAGGCGAGGUUGAGUUGCCGAGCAAUAUGAUUUGGAUUUUGGUUCGGCAGGUUCAGUGAAUAUGCCGAGCAUUCGAUGAAUCAGACAAUAAAACAUGAAAUAUAUCCAGGCAAAUCAUGCCAGGAUGUCCUGGGAUACUAACAAGCAUGAAAUGAUUCAAUGCUUCAUAAAUCCAACUUCCGUGUUCGGUUUCACCUGGAGACCCCUUCCCAGCCCUUCAGCGUUGGGGAGACAAUCAGAGGUAGUGUUUUGGUCACAAGCCAUAGAAGCUCUUCUCCACUCCAGUUCGAUCUUAUAUGUGAAGGCAAGGUGAAUGUACAGGUGGACCUUAGUGAGAACGCAGUGCCGUUACCACAACCAAUAGCAUCAACCACUUUUCUGCGCAUGAGCCAGCCACUUGAGGAUCCCUCCGAACGAGCGGAAGGCCUUGACGCCGGAGUCGAGUAUUGUCUACGCUUUGAGUUUGUGGUUCCUUGCGCGCUACCACUUCAAGCCUGCCAGCAUAGUUGUCGUCAUGGACAAGUACAUGAAGAACAUCUCUCCCUUCCGCCAAGUCUUGGAACACUAGGCCACCGGAAGAAGUCAUUACAUGGCAAGGAUGAUAUGGCUCCUGAAACAGCCUCAGUUGUUUACCACAUAUCUCUCCGCAUAAGCAAGAAGUCUUUCAAGGCCGGGACAACAGCCCCCAUUGUGGAAUGGGAGCACUUGAUAAACAUUCGUCCGUUGCGCGUGGAGCGAGCACCGGUCCUCGUGCCACGGGAAAGCAAAUUCUAUUGCCUGCGGCGAGAAGUUGCAAUCACAAGGGGUUUUUCCAGAGCACUCCAGGGUGUUCUGUCAGCCCAAGCAGUCCAACCCACAGCGAUAGCACCAGGAAAGGCUCCUUUUAGAAUGGUGCCCAUCGACCUGCAUUACAGAGCCCUAUCCGGUGCCCCUCCGCCAAAACUGUCAGCCAUCAAAGUCGAGCUCCAAGCGAUCACCCUCUUCGGCGCAAAGCCUUGGUCAGACUUUCCCGACUUGACCAAUCCGGUAACUUGGGGCCGCCACCAGAACUAUUAUACAUACCCGGUGUCGUUAGCAGACAUGCAGCCCGGCCCUCUAAAGUGGCAGCCGAAGAGCACAGAUGAUGAGACCUCGCCGAGUUUCAGAUCCACAAUCCAGGUGCCCGUGGAGCUUCCUGGUGAUUUCGACUACCCCCCAACAUUCAGCCACUGCUUCAUCUCUCGGGUGUAUGCCUUGAGAGUCGAUAUCUGUUAUCGGGCCCCGGGUGCGUGGGGGAGAAGCAGAGUGUCAAUGACUGUUCCGCUGCAGAUAUUGUAGAUAGCUAUAAGCACCGGAAGAUAGAGAUACCCC